CAUACUGAGUGGCAUCUCAAUGGGAAAAAUGAGCUUAGAGGAGAGAGUGAAGAAGAGACCAAGCACAUGAGAGAGAGAGAGAGAGAGCUGCGAAGGAGAAUGUGCAGGACCCUCUGUCUGUGGGCAAAAAGUGAAGAGGCAAAUUAGCUUGUUAUCCCCCAAAGAAGCUUCACCGUCACAGAGAAGAGAUAGGAGGCAGAGAAGAACACAUUGGUUCUUUGCGGAUUUAAAGGUGACAUGACAAGCCUCUCGUCUCUCAGAUCUCUGCUAGUUUCUGACAGCGUUUCACAGCUGUGAGGGGAGAAUUUGGUGUUGGGUGCUUGACUCUGUUCACAGGAUUGCAGGAGGACUUAAAACAAGAGGGGAUCGAGGGCAGGAGAACGAACAAGAGUCUCCUAAUCCCCCCUCUGACCUGCAGAUCCAAACAGCAACUUUGCUGGGAACAUUUUUCCCGAGAGCAUGGAUGGAUAUACGACAAUGUGCUGAGGAUUUUGUUCAGGAAUAUUGACAGCACAUUCCUUUGACUCUCUCCUGACAACAUCUCACAGCCAGUGCUCCUGCCAUGUCCUGGUUCUUGUGUCUGUGGAUAAGUGUUAGCUGCUUACUGCUGUGUCACGCCACUUUGUACGAGACCAUCCAGCAGCAUCAUGUGACCCGCCCAGGCCACAACGCCAUACAGAUACUGGAAGGAGGAACGUGCGAGGUCAUCGCAGCACACAGAUGUUGCAACAAGAACCGCAUUGAGGAGCGCUCCCAAACAGUCAAGUGCUCAUGUUUACCGGGAAAAGUGGCCGGCACGACACGGAACAAACCCUCCUGUGUAGACGCCUCCAUCGUGAUUGGGAAGUGGUGGUGUGAGAUGGAGCCGUGUCUGGAGGGAGAGGAGUGUAAGACACUACCAGACAACUCCGGCUGGAUGUGUUCCUCUGGAAACAAAAUCAAAACCACAAGGCCCUGCUUAAGGGAAUCCGAUGGUGACUGGAUGAUUUUCGAUAUUUCCAAGAACACCCAGCCAUAUUCAACUUUUUAGCUCUGAGGGCCACACAGUCUGGCUCACCAGAAGCUCAGCGGCAUCCUUCAUCUCAUUAAGAGAGGGACCCCUCCUUGCCUGUAGCUCCAGACAAGGCAGGCCUCUUUUGAGAGAGGCACACAGUGAGAGAGAGGCUGAAAGAGAUCCUCACCCUCGCCCUGCAUAGACCUACCUUUUUCUAAUGGCUAUAUAUAUCAGGUUUUUUUUUUAGACCAAAUUCAAUGCAUAUAGAAAGAAGAAAAGAUUUACAGCUUUGCCUAAUUUAUACACUAUACCUUUUGCUUCAUUUGAGAGGAUACUGUAAAUGGACUCAACCGAUUUUGCCUUUUACUGGCUCUGUUCAAAAGCCUAGUCAGCUGCCUUUAUUUGGCAGCAUUAUAAGGCAUCUUAGGCACACUCACAACAUCAAUGCCAUUCCAAAUGGUAAGCAGCAUAAGUGGCCAAAUUCCUCACUGCAACAAAGUAAGAAAAAUUCAGAUGGCAGAAGCAAGAGAAAUGUUGAUUGUUAAUUAGGGCUGUCGAUUUAAAGUGUUAAUUCAGUGCAAUUAAUUGUAUAAAAAAAUAACGUGUUAACAAAUAACACAAUUAAUGGUGCCCCUGGACCCUAAAGGCCCCGAUAUACUUCCUGAAAAGUUCUUCUUCAUUUUCUUUCAGUGGUAAAAAGAAGUUCUAAACAGCCAAGCAGUGGUAUACUGUUUGCGAACAUUCAGACACCUACUACACCACUGUGGGAGGCAUUUAGAUGUACAUUUAAAUAUGAGGAUGCUACAUGUAAAACCUUAACUAAUGUGACAUUAAAAUGUGUUAUCAAUGACUUUAUGCCUCAUUCUAUGAGUAAAAUUCACAUGAGGUCAGUAAAAGAAGUUGUUUUAACCGAUGAUGAUUUAAAGUAAUAUAUAUGCAGUAGAAAAUGUUUAAUUUGUCUUGUUUACAUUCUGAAUUCAUGACGUAAUGUGCUAACAUGUUAUACGUGGCCAUAUGUGCCGGUUACACUCUGUUAUUGUAAUUUAUGAUGACACUGAUACAACUGCAAAGAUGAGUGUAUAAAAGUGUUAAUGUGCAGAAUAAAGUCAAAAGAUUGAUGAAAGGCAUAUCUUACUUUGGGCAGAUGUGUGAAUGUCUUUCAGCUGCAGACGGCACAUGAGUGAAUGGGUAGAUUUGAUUCCUUUUGUAGACUAAUUAAACAAAAAAGAAUUGCAUGGCAUGGUCUUGGAAAAUGUCUCUAAGCGAGCGAUCAUACAGAUGUAGGUAAAUUUGCACCAGAUCUCUAAUAACGCUACACGCCGUUGUGUUCAUGUUGACUGAACUUAACUGACUGAAUAACGUAAACAAAAUUAGCUGUUGGCCUCAAGGUAGGAGAAGCUCCAGGUCACACCAAACAAUGAUGUGUAUCAAUGGCAGUAAGAAUUUUUCCAAAAAGUUCGCCCAGGUGAGCUGUCACGAACCAUCGUAAUGAACGUGAUAACACCUUCGUUUUGACCAGAUUUUGCUCUAAAUGACAUCACUUCCGUUCAUUCUUAGAUUUCUUAUGAAGUGUAUCGGGGCCUUAAUAAGGAAUGUUCACCUUCAUGUUUUCACGAGUUUCGCAACUCCAGCUGUACAGACCACUAUUUUAGAGCUCCUUGGUGCCAAGAUCGCGUUCACUUCUGGGGGAGUCUGGGGGACCCUGCGUAAACUGAGCACCGCAAUAGAGAUGAAUUCAUAGAGAUGAAUUGAAAUGCUAACUGAUAGCUCUCUCCAGGUAUUUUAAAGCUCCUUUGUACAGACAAUAAACCACGCUAACAGCAGACAGCACAAGAUGAGGACAUGUACUUGCACUCACACACAGCUGGACGGAGCGCAACUCUGAAUGCGGGGUUCUCGAGAUGCGUUUAUCUAAGUUUCAAACUACGUUUAACUUGACACAGAAUCCUAAAAAUGGUGUGUUCAUGACACAACGCAACCAGAGAAAGAUGCCCCAAAAGUGUUAAUCUGACACAUGUGUACAGAGACGAUUUUUUAUAAAUGCCUUUAAAAUAAGUCUACAUCAUACAGAUUAACGAGUUCAAUUGCAAAAUAGAUUAUUGUGGACUGCAGGCCAAUGAUAGUCUUAUGUUCAAUGAUAUGGAAAUAAAAACAAUAUAUAGCUUCUAAAGCCAGUUUUGUAUUGCCUAGUCAAUGUUUUACUCUUCUGCCACAAUAAUGUAUUUUAAUUAUCUGAAUUAUUAUAUAUUAUAUUUAAAAUGAUUUAAAAUUGAUUAUUUAUAAUUAUUUUAUAAUUAUUGAAUACAUUUUAUUUGAGGGUCUUGGAAAUUUAAUUUGAUUAAUUAAUCAGCACAUCAUGUAAUUAAUUUGUUUGAAAGUUUUAAUCAAUUGACAGCACUACUAUAUUAUAAAUAUACUGAUAACUCAUAAAUACUGCAAAGUGUUGAUAAAAAUAAUUCAGUCUAAGUAAACAUGGACUGUUUUACCCAAUAUUUUUGUGUGCUAUGUAUUUUUAUGAAUAUAUGUUUUACUAUAUCAUGUACACCAAACCCUACUGAAAUCAAUUGAAGUCAAGUCUCCCAUGCACUUUGCGUGAGGAGUGCUAUUUGUAUGACCCACAGAGUCAACUGCCUUAGAAGGCAGCAGCCUAUGUGGACAGUAGUCAGCAAGCCAGUUCACUAGGUUUUAAAACAGAACCAAUUACGAUAUUUACAGUACAUCCCUAAAUAUUACUUUCAGAAACUUUUAUACCCAAGGACUUUUACCAGAUACCUAUACUGUAUCAAGAAUCCCAUUUGUGUGACUUUUCAGAGCAAAAGUAUUCUGCCAAGUGAUGAAAGUGAAACGGCUCAAGAUUAGAUGUGGUGAAAUCAUUAUCAAGUCAGU